CAAAAAUAUAAAAUGGUGGGAAACUUACAGCAGAUAUCGUCUCAGAUUUCAAAUUUUAACCUGCGAACGGGCAUUCUCAUUACGGGCUGUAUGGCCUGCGGAGGAGGUAGGGUGACGUGCGAAAAUGUGCUUUGUGUCAUGUCAUGUUGACAUAAGAAUACGAGAAUAUGGCUGGUUUUACCCAUCUUGCUUGGGUUGAUCGUUCGAUACCUGAAGAUCAUCUCACAGCCGUACUUGAAGAGGACGAACUAUCGAUGGUUACCAUUGUCGAAGAAAUACUUCGCUGUGGGGAAUCGUUUGACAAAACGUCAAAAUCGAUAUGCUAUAAGAAAUUGCGUGUUUAUAUACGACAAGGCUUAUCGCCAGUUCUUCGACCUAAUACAUGGAAAACACUGAGCGGUUCUCGCAAAGUUAUCGAAACUACGCCGAGUCUGUUUCACGAGAUUCAAAAUGAUAUAGGUAUAAAGAAACUAGUGUAG